AUGAACUUUGGUCUCUUCUCAAACUGGUCAAGCAUGGGCUCAGCAAGCCAGAACGCGAUGAAUAAUGGAGCGGUUGCUCCUAACCUCUUUUACUACCGCCCAAAAAACAUCUGGGUUUUAGGACAAGAAUGGGGUGUAUACCCAUUCAACUACAUGACAUCUACCGACCCUACGAACCCAAAUGGAUGGUCAUCUCCCCAAGCCCUAUUUACUGGAAGCUUGCCCGGCACAGGCGCUAUUGAUCCGGCGCUUAUCAGCGAUGGCACAAACAUGUAUCUUUUUUUCGCAGGAGAUAAUGGUCACAUUUAUCGGUCCAGCAUGCCGAAUUCGCAAUUCCCAGCAAGCUUUGGUUCAACUUACACGACAAUCAUGACUGCCGCUACCAAUGACCUAUUCGAAGCGGUGCAAGUUUAUAAAGUUGAUGGCCAGAGCCAGUACCUUAUGAUCGUUGAGUGUAUUGGAUCAGUGGGGCGGUAUUUCCGCUCUUUUACUGCUAGCAGUCUAAAUGGUUCAUGGACAGCGCAGGCUGCCUCAGAGAGCAAUCCUUUUGCUGGGCAUGCUAACAGUGGAGCAUCCUGGACUAAUGAUAUCAGCUCCGGCGACCUUAUCCGCAGCACAAACGAUGAGACUAUGACAAUCGACCUUUGCAACUUGCAACUGCUUUACCAGGGGAUGGCCAUAGGUUCUGGCGGGGAGUAUAAUCUCCUGCCAUGGCGACCUGGUGUUCUCACACUCACCAACCCUGGCAGUGGCUCUGGAGGAUCCGGGGAUGGAGGCUCUGGAGGUGGAGGCUCAGGCACGGCGGCUCACUGGGCUCAAUGUGGUGGUCAAGGGUGGACUGGGCCUACCACUUGCGAGAGCCCCUACAAAUGCACCGCAAGCAACGAAUGGUAUUCUCAAUGUCUGUAA